AUCUGAGGAUCUCACCCUUGCUUCUAAAAGCAGAGGCAAACCAAUGCUUGCCACCUAUCAUGUUCAGCACUUCUGACACUGCAUGAUGUCCUAUAUUGUAAUUAUUUGUCUUUAUUUUGCCUUUAAUAUUAUCUGGGAGAAUUUUAUAUUGCCAGAAUCUGAAUUACGAGACAAGGAUUAGUAAUGUUAUGAUCUUUUUUCAACUCUUAUACAGUAUUUUAAAUAAAAUGCAGGCUAUCUUUUCAUAUUCAGUAACUAUCGAGAAGAUCGGCUUGUCCACAAAGCAAGCUUCCAAUAAUCAGGCCUGAAAUGUCUUUUUUUUAACUCUUUCAGAGAUUUAGGUGCAACACAAGUGACUGAACAGAUAUUUCACACUCUUCUCAUUGUAUCACUACACUUAGAAACCCUUGUACUGCCUGACAGCAUGAUGUGCUGCCUCUGCAAAAUACAAAAGGAUAUUGAAAUGUCAUACAAGAUGAUCAAGUUACAGUGUGUGGAUUCGUGUGUCACCAACUCCUCUCUUUGUGCAGACAAAGAGCAUUUGGAAAAGAUGCAGAAAGAAUUAAAAGAAGUGCUACAAUCCAGGAACCCAAACAUAAGUGUGGUGUUACAUCUUAAGUCUGAAAAAUCUUUACGCUCAAAGAGUGACAGUGACAUCCUAUCACUUGCAACCUUCCAGCACCGGACUACUAUUGCUGUUGAGGAUCUUAUUUCUGGGUUAAAUGACAAUUACCCUAGGCCUCUCUUCAAGAAACCUGACAAAAAUAGCACAGAGCUGGAAGUCUUGCCAUUUUUCAAACUGUUCAAAAUUGACUUACACAUAAAAGGCUCAAAUCGUUUAAAACAACCUAAAGAUCAAUCAAAUCUGAACUGGGCCAAUUUAAGUGAACUGAGAAAACUAUAUCUGUUGGCAAAUCUGCUAGCAACGGUGCUCCAAGAAAAACUACAUGAGGCUGAAAAAGACAAGGGAAAAAAGGAAGCCAGACAUGUGUCCCUGACAACGCCAAACAAGCACUUGAAAACCAAAAAGAUUUGUAAGGACCUUGCACAGAAAUGCGAUGAGAAACUAACUGGAUACAUGGCUGCAAAGAAAACUCCUGAAGAAAUAAAGGAAUGUGUUGAUUAUAUGUGGAGAUGUAUAAGUAAAGGCGGGGAUAACCAAUUAAGGAUGGUAAAGAGAGAGGUCCUGCAAAUCAAAGGAAGCAAAGGAAUGCUAGCUGUGACUUUAAAACCCUCCAGCACACUAUCUGUUCUUAGGCAUCAUAAAGUAUCUAUUCCUUCCUUCAGGAAACGUUCCCUUUCAGACCUCCCUACACAGGAAACACACUUGACUGGCUCCUUUAAGGUUGAAAAUGAGUCUCAUGACUUAUCAGGUAAUAUCAUCAUUGUCUUGAAACACCACAAUAAAACUGAAAAAGUGAAGCAUCCACCUGUUAAAGAGUACGUUAACAUUUUCUACCAACCUAGCCAGCAUAGAAAUAAAAAUCAAUAUCGCCUAGAGAAUACACUUCAGAGACAGAGUCCGUACAUGAGUCGUAUGCUGAAGGAAAGUACGCAGCGCUACAAGAUGAAAAGUAAAGAUGAUGAACUGGAUAAUCUAUUACCCAAAAAUCCUGUUUUCACAAGCAGGACAGCUAUGGUGUUGGAAAAGCCACCAGAAGAUGAAAGAAGCUUGCUAGAUGGAAUCUUACCCGACAUCCAACAAACUGAUGAAACACGCUGGAAGCAUCGGAAAGAGGAAUGGAAGGAUCAGAAAGAGGAAUUGGAUUUUCCGUCUGAAAUAAGAAAUGCAUCCCCCCCAGAUAAUUACUCGAUUCAAGGAGACAUAUUUGAAGCGGAGCUCAAUAAACGAUUGAGCACCCUCAUCCCAAACAAAGCUGUGAGGGACCUCAUCUCCCACGUGAUUAGAACCCUGAAAAUGGACUGUGCUGAGCCCAGUGUGCAGCUGGCCUGUGCAAAGCUCAUCUCUAAAACAGGCCUGCUCAUGAAACUGUUCAGCGAGAAGGAAGAUCUCAAAGGAAGCUCCUCUUUGUGGAGCCACUAUCUCUGGGAAGUGGACAGCUCUUCCGAUGAGAGAGAAAAGCAGAAGGUGGCAGGCAAGAAGCUUUCAGAGGAACUUUCCAAGGACUCUUCUAAAUAUGGCUAUGGUAACAAGCUGCUGUUGGCAAUAUCAGUGACUGUUGUGGUAAUGGCUGUUAUUGCAGUGAUUUGUAUCAUUGAGGUUUGUUCCCAAAGAUCUGCAGCAGCAUCUCAGUCAAAAAAUAAAUCACAACCAAGAUGGUCCUUUCAGAAACUCUCACAAGGCAGUCAGAGAAAAAACACACCUGAAAUGGUCUCUAAGGCACCAAAUCUUACAAAUAUGGAUAAACCACUUUGGCUUAGAGAUAUGUAUCUACCACUGGAUACUGUACGUAAAAAAUCCAUGGCACAGAAAUUAUAUGAUGAAGGUUCCUCAGGUGAAGAAGAAAUUUUCAACAAGGCUUAUUUAAGGAAAGGAACUGAGCAGUCAUCUGACAACGAAAGCUACUAAUUGUAUUUCUGUGACUAUACCAUAUAUCAAGAAUACUAUGUUAUAAAGUUGCUUUAUAUUAUCCAGAUAAAAACAAAAUAUUAUCUUCAGAAUAUACUACUAAACCCUUGAAUAUACUAUUAAAUAUAUUAUUAAAUACAUUUCACAGAUUAAGUGUGAGAUUUGUGCUAACUAAAAUAUACCCAGGGAGCUGGGUUGUACCAAAAGUGCCAAACCCUUUCCCACUAAUCCCACUCCCUCAGCUCCCCACACAAAAUCAGAGCACUAAAAUGUCAUUUGCCAUGAUCAUACUUAUUGUUCUGUUUGCUUGUGUGUUAUGUCAAUUUCCCCUCCAUACCACUUUUAGGAGAUGAAUGGGUAAAUACAUAGUUCAUUUCAUAAAUGGCAAAACAGCAAGGAAAGUGAAGGGACUUGCAUGAUACUGGGUCUAUCUACACAAGACGCUUUACUGCACAGUAAAGCAGUUUACUGCGCAGUAAGCAUGCAUGUCUACAUGUGCA